AUUUAUUUUAAAACAAUUCGUUUUUAAAUUAUUUAGUAAAAUAAAACUGCGACAAAAUGUAUGUAUUGGUUUUGACAUUAAUCGUAAUAUUAUCUUUAUCUAACGCCCAUUUAACUUGGUACGAAGUAUUUCCUGGGGAACAUUAUUGGAGAAAUUUUAAAGAGCAACAUAACAAACGCUAUGAUUCAAUUGAAGAAGAGAACUACCGAUUUUUAGUAUUUAAAAAGAAUUUGCAAAUUGUAUCGGAUCAUAAUGAAUUAUACAAAAAAGGUUUGGUGACGUACCAUAUGAAAAUAAAUAAGUUCGGUGACCUCACAGAUGAAGAGUUUCUAAACAACAUUCUCUUACCAGAUAUUCAACACGAACAUACUUUACGUUUUAACGAGCAAAAUAAAUUUCUUCCUCAUGAUGAAGGAGACUCAAGAUUACCAGAAAAUGUUGACUGGAGGGUCAAAAAAGCGGUAACUAAAGUAAAAGAUCAAAAGAACUGUGCGGCCUGUUACGCUUUUUCAUCGGUAGCAGCUUUAGAAUCACAACACUUUCUUAAAACAGGCCACCUAAUUACUCUAAGCGAACAACAAAUUAUCGACUGUACAUUCCGAAAAAGGGGAUUCUAUAAUAGAGGCUGUAAUGGUGGCAAUAUCAAUAAUACUUAUAAGUACAUAAUAUCAAAUGGCGGAAUAGACAAUGACCAUUAUUAUCCAUACAUCCAUGCGAGACAUAAUAGAUGCCUUUAUCUACCAAAAGCAGUUGGAGCUACUAUGCAGCACUUUGAAAAAACGAGACAAUUUAACGAAACUGACCUUAAAGCAGCCGUUGCCAAGAUUGGCCCUGUAAGUGUAAUGAUAGAUGCCGCAGGUAUCAGGUUUUAUUCAGGGGGAUUAUUUAAUAAUCCUAAAUGUGGUAAAAAGCCUAAUCAUUCGUUAUUAGUAGUUGGGUAUGGAACGUAUAGUAAAUAUGAUUAUUGGCUGUUAAAAAAUUCUUGGGGACUGGAUUGGGGUGAGGAUGGCUACAUUUUGAUGAGCAGAAAUAAAGGGAACCAAUGUGGAAUUGCUUCUGAAGCCUAUUAUCCAUUAGUAACUAAUACCAAUAACUGAACAAAUGUAAUGUUUCUAUUCGGACCUUGAUAUAGUUAUGUAGAAUUAAUAAAGCUCUGUAAAGCUAAUACAAAUAUAUGUAUAUAUAUAUAUAUAUUACCUUUUGUAAUAAAAUCAACUAUCAAAUUUAAUAGCAUUUCCUUUAAUGUUCUCUAUCUAUUUAAUCAUGUUUGUGUAAAAAAAAUAAUUUUGAAGAUAGUAUAAUUUAAUUAAUAUAGUAAUGAUUGUUUAUUUAGGUUGUCAAUAUUUUUACAUUAAAUUCCCUUUUUUGUAUGUUUUUAUAUUAUGAAGGGAAUUAUUUAAAAUGUAUGUAAAUUUCUUAAGUAUUUUUGUUAUUAAUAAUUA